CGCAGGCGCGGCACCGCCCCCGCCGCUGGGUCCCGCCGCCCGCCGCUCCCCGCGGGGCCGGCUCGGGGCAGCCCCCGGGCCGGGGGCGCGGGGACGCUAUAAAGCGGCGGGGCGGCGGGUGGACUCCGUUCCUUUCGGCCAUGCUGCGGCUCCUCCUGGUUCUCCUGCUCCUCCGGGCGCCCGGCGCCCUGCCCGUCUCUCCCUGCCGCCGGGGCGCCGCGCCGCCAGUCGCUCCCUACCUCACACGCUACCUCACGCAGCAGAUUGAUCACUUUGGAUUUGAUGAAAACCUUACAUUCCAGCAACGGUAUCUAGUAGCAGAUCAGCACUGGAAGAAAAACAAUGGACCAAUACUGUUUUAUACAGGCAACGAAGGAGACAUCACAUGGUUCUGCAACAAUACAGGUUUUAUGUGGGAUGUGGCUGAAGAACUUAAAGCCAUGUUGGUAUUUGCUGAACACAGAUAUUAUGGAGAAUCUUUGCCCUUUGGGAAUGAGUCUUUUAGUGAUUCCAAGCAUCUGAAUUACCUGACCUCAGAACAAGCUCUGGCAGACUUUGCAGUACUGAUUGAGUACUUAAAGGCAACCAUUGCAGGAGCCCGUUACAGUCCUGUCAUAGCUAUAGGAGGAUCUUAUGGAGGAAUGCUUGCAGCCUGGUUUAGGAUGAAGUACCCCCAUGUGGUAGCUGGAGCUCUGGCAGCCUCUGCCCCAAUCUGGCAGUUUGGUGAUUUGGUUCCCUGUGGCGCUUACUUCAGCAUAGUGACCAAUGAUUUCAAAAAGAGUGGGACGGGCUGUUCAGAAAGCAUCCGGAAUUCCUGGAAGGCCAUUAACCACCUUUCUUCAACAGAUGCAGGUUUACAGUGGCUUUCCAACACAUUUCAUUUGUGCAGCCCAUUAAAAAAUCUUCAGGAUGCUGCUAUGUUGAAAAAUUGGCUGAGUGAAACAUGGGUAAACUUGGCUAUGGUGAACUAUCCCUAUAAAGCUGACUUCCUGCAGCCUCUGCCAGCUUGGCCUAUACAGGAAGUCUGCAAGUUCUUGAAGGAUCCCACUCUCUCUGACAAACUGUUGCUGCAGAAUGUUUUCCAGGCAGUAAAUCUAUACUACAAUUACUCAGGAGAAGCCUCAUGCUUAGACAUGUCUGAGACUGCAACAAAGAAUCUGGGCCAGUUGGGUUGGUACUAUCAGGCUUGCACUGAGAUGGUGAUGCCCAUGUGCACAGAUGGUGUCAAUGACAUGUUUGAGCCUCAGAAAUGGGACUUUGAUGCAUUUUCAGACCAGUGUUACAGGUUCUGGGGGGUGAGGCCACGCCCCUCUUGGAUUCUUUCUAUGUAUGAGGGAAAAAACAUCAGUUCAUACAGCAAUAUUGUUUUCAGCAACGGUGGCCUGGACCCCUGGUCUGCAGGUGGGGUGACCCAGAACAUCACAGAUUCCCUUGUGGCAAUUGUCAUACCAGAUGGAGCCCAUCACCUGGACCUACGCAGCCGCAACCCUUUGGACCCCAAAUCUGUGCAGCAAGCUCGAGCCUUGGAAAUCUGCUACAUGAAGCAGUGGAUUGAAAAGGCCAGGUACAGCCACUGAAGUGGUACUGCACCAGCUGUGGCCCGUAUAUCUCCACUCGCUUUGCUGGGAGUAGGGCCAGGCCUUAUCACAUGGUAAUUUGAACAUUUCACUCCUGUUUCCUCACCUGUGUUGCAAUGCUAACUGUUGCUUGUGCCUGUGAGAAAAGGAGGCAGCAGAUGGAUGGAGAGGGUUCUCAGAUAAUAAACUUUAGUCAAAGUGUGUGGAUUGAGCUGCCUGCUCUGGCUUUCUUUCCUCUUUUGCUCUUCUCAAAUGCUGUACUAUACCAUAAAGACUCCCUGUUCUAGGCUUGAUGCCUUCCUUGCUGUGCUAAGUGAUUGCCCUGACUGCUGGUAUAUACAGUGGAUUAAAUGGCAGUGCUGUUGAUGAUGAAACUCCUGCUGCCUUCAGCGGGAUUGAAUUUCAGACAUCCUCGGCUGGUGUAAACUGCCAUGUCAGGGGCAUGGAGAUAAUGGGGGAACAGAAAUCACAUCUUACUGUGAUAUUUGAUAGAAAGUAGGGAGGGCAUGGGGAAACUGGCUGUGCCAUUUGUACAGAAACUGAACAGCCCUUACCCUUUGGAAUCAAUGCUGGAAAAGAAGUAAAUAUUUUUCUUAGUUUUCUGGCAGUUUAUUAAUCAAAGCUGCGUCAGGUGGCUUUUCCAUUCUGCACUGUGUUGAAUGGUCAGGGCUGGGCCCAGACUUGCUGUGUUGAUAACUGGCUGAGCAUGCGCAGUCUGCCUCAGGGUUUCAUUUCUUCUUUGCCGUUUGUCCUAAUUCUGAGAUAUCUGCUGCUGGGAUGAUAGUUGCCAAAGAAAACGCUGGGUAUUUUAUGUGUGUGUGUAUGCCCCACAAACACUUAGCUCUUUCAAAUCGGGAAGCUUUCAAAGCUGUUCUCUUGAAGAGCAAAUGUGACACUUGUGCUGGCUAGAUCUUAUGAAGUGACAAAUAAUCAGGGCUGUGCCUUGUGUGAGUUCCCCCCCCCCCAUCCUGUGUAUUGUUCGAAUUCUGCAUGAUCUGUUUGCUGAUGGCUUUUCAAUAAAAGCCUUUUAAAAAAAAAAAUUGUUUGCGGGACAAACUAUUCAAAACACAGAAUGCAGCUAUCCUCUUGGAUCAGCCUACAGACUGAUGCUGAGCUCAACAAGCCAGGUGCACUGGGCUUUCUGUAAGGCUUCCAAAACAGACAAACUGCCCUGAUUCAUGAGACAGCAUAUCUGACAUUAAUAAAUGGCUGGGGCAGUCCCCUCAUUUUCCAGCUUUGGCUUCAUUCACACUGAAGCCCUUCUUCAGAAAGGAUUCUUUGCAAUUUAAAGGAAAACUCCGUUUCAGAAAGACUUGGUUAAGGCUUCUUGUCCCCAGACUCUUAAAACUCCAGUUCUGUUGAAAAGUUUUUCUCAGCUUUGAUGUGCUUGAUAGUUGAGUAUUUUCCUAAGACACCAGGUGGCCUUUUCUGUUUCCAGUCUCCUCCCAUCCUCUGGGAACAAAGCAAACCCAAAACUGAAAUUUUAUCUUUUAAAACACUCUGCAUCUUCUUUCCAAUGGAGUUCCUGUCAUUCCCUUGUGUUAAACACGGCAUUUAUGUUCAGACUCUGCAAUCUGAACCUUUCAUACUCUUGAGCAAGGUAAUUAUCUAAGAGACUGUAAAGAACAAGACUCGAAGAACCAUGGGGAAAAAGAAGAGCUAUGUAGAAUUUGCCUGAAACCUGUUGACUGAAAGCUGUUGGUAAUCCGAUAGUUCCAAUUUUUGGUUCUCUGCUGUAAAUAAACUCUAGUCUCUCACUUGUGUACUUUAUUAUAACAUGGUGGGCUUGAUUUUUUUUGAAACAAAAUAGUUAUUGUUUUCUUAAUCAGCUGGGUUACAGUCAAGUUUUUAGAAAUACUGUUGUAUCUUCUUGAUGUGUUAAUCAAGGUAUGGUAAUGUCUGGGUUUGCUGCAAGGCAAGGAAUGGGAUCUACAGGAGUAAAUACAGAUUUGUGGAUCACAAGUGGUUUAACUAAGCAAGAGGCUGUUCCAGUUGCUCCCACUGAUUGCUCAGAAUGCUAUUCCUAGUGCAGAUUCUGGGAGAAACAUUUCCACGUUGUGUGAGGACGUGGGGACAUUCCUGCACUGGGCUGUGAACCAUCCAAAUUAACAGCUACUGUAUAUUGUUAAUCAGGUUGUUCCUCUCUCUCCCCCUGCUAGUGAACCUACUGUCUCAGGAAAUAGCUUCUUUGUUGUUUAGAAAAAAACUUGUUAGCUUCAAUCUGCGUAAGUGACUUAAACUUUCAUUCCUCUCUUCAAUCCUUUCAUAAUCAGAAAAAAUGCCUUUAAUAAACCUUAAAACCAUGCAAUUUUAAGUUUUGAGAAUGCAUUUAAAACAAAAUUGCUCAGUGUGAUUUUGUUUGUGGGUUUUUUAUUUAUUUGGUUUUUAAUCUUACUAUUCCGUUUGUUUCUGUCUGUGAGACUAACUGAAGUGCAUUUUGUAUCAAGUUCUUAAUGCUUGACUUAUGAAUUAGGUGACUGGUUUUCUGUUAUUUUUAAUUGUUUUUCCUUGUUACUUUUCCCAUCAAAUUUAGUUGAAACCUUAGGUCUUACAUACCUUAAAAAUUCAGAAUUCAGCUUAAAAUCUAUGUACACGUCUGUCUGCUACUGAGAAACUCUGUGGUGUUUGGCUACCUCAUCUAAAUGGUGGCUCUCCUGCUUGUUUCAUGCAGGUGAGAACAGAAUAGGCCAUGGGAAAUGGUUGAUUUCUCUUUCCAGGCAUAUGAUGAUGGACUAUACUUCAUCUCUGGCGUAUGCAUGGUCCUUGGCAUGCGUCAUAAAUGACGGGAAUUUAAAAGUGUAUGUUUCCUACUCAUUGGGGGAUGCAGAAGGAAAAAGAAUGAAUGAUUUCCCCAAAGCAUGAAUUUUUACUGGUGCAACUGCUAUUUCUAUCAAUAAAAGUGCAUUGAAAUAAUGAAACAUGA